GCGUACAUUCACCACUGCGAACAUGACAUGUAAGAUAAUACUUCUGGCGGCUCUCGUGUCGGCGGCUAACGCGGGUCACAGCCAACAGGUGGGCUACACCACUCAGCAGCACCAUCCGGUGGUGGCCCAGGUGCAGACGGUGGUGGCGCCUCAAAUUCAAGUAGCACAAGCGCAGCAUGUCGUGCCGUUGGUCCAAACGCGGUUGGAGCCCUACGACCCCAACCCCCAGUACAGUUACGCGUACACAGUAAACGAUCAGCAGACCGGCGACUCGAAGAGCCAACAUGAAACCAGACACGGGGACGUAGUCAGAGGCCAGUACAGUUUGACCGAACCGGACGGUUCCAGGAGGACGGUGGAUUACACCGCAGAUCCGCACGGAGGGUUCAAUGCGGUGGUGCAAAGGACCGUUCCCGUUGUUGCCGCUCACUAAGUCAUUUUUUGGAACAGGGUUAUGGACGCUUUUAAUCGUUUAAUGUCUUCGUGUAAUAUACUGUCGAAUACUGAAUAGUUAAUUUGUACAUUAAUAAAUGUAUUGUAAGUUUUA